GAAACACAUCGUUUGUCAUUUGAAACCAAUUUCUACAAAAUGAAUAAUUAGUUAUUUCUGACUAUUUCAAGAAACAUACCAUUGUAUUCACUUCUUCAUAGACAGCCUUAAGAGCAAGAGCAUCUACAGCGAAUAUCCGUUUCAACACAGCUUCGUAAGGAGCCACGCCAGGCGCGCGCACCUUUACGAGAUAGACAUGUGAAAAACCACCUAAUAACUGCGGUUAGAAGGAACGAUAAAGGUAUAACGGCACUAAUUACCUUCAGCGAUGUAUCGUACUACAGUAACAUUGAACUUCUCGACUUCAAAGUUAUAGCCGGGAGGCAAAAGGCCGGCUGGAAGAGGUGUUUUAGGAAGUAAAGAAGGAUUCCAUGAUGAAUUCAUCGUAAAAUCUAACACAAACGGGGCUUUCGUAUACACCAGCCGAUUCGUGGUUCGCGGAAGGUGAAACUCAUCACUCUGACAGCAGGCAGUAGAUGGGAAGUUUCGAUACUUUUUUUAACAGGUUACACUUAUUUUGUAAAAACUAAAAUAAGAUUAGGAUGAUUUCGUAAAGUUCCAUGAUAUCACAGACAUUCGCAUCUCUAUGAAUUGCUUCUUAGUACUCUUAUAAUAACGACCAGCUACUGCCGUAAAGAUUAUACUAUAAAAAAUAAAUAAUAUCCGCGUCUUCCUUUGGUUCUACUUGAUGCGAAUGGUUUAUGCAUCAAAUGGUUCUCCCAUGAAGUACGACAUUUAAUUCUGAUGCUACUGAAGAUAUAGCAGUAACCUUCCUAUCAACAACUAAAUGAACAAUAGUUAUGAAGUUUCAAAAAGACAAAGAGUAUCUAGUCAAGUUGAUCUUUUUCGUUGAGUUUCCACUUUCUUUAAUCGUCCAGCCCUCUGGAUAGCAAAAAUGAUUUUGUUGGAAUUUCCAUUGGAUUAGAAAUGUAUAUAGGUACACAUGUAGAAUGUAUUUUUUACUACAUGUUUUUUCCUUUUCUUUUCCUUCUUACUUCCUUUUAAACGUUAUAAGGAGUUAUGUAUGUGUUCAUCUGGAAAGAAUACGCAUAUUAGUAUUUCUUAUAAGAAUUUAAUAGACAAUUUCCAUAUCGUUUAUUUUCUUUUGAAUGGCUUUAUCUACAAAAUGCAGGAUACUAUGUUUAUCAACGUUUUACCCUUUCAUGGUCUGCGCUUGACUACUCCAAGAUUGUAUAAAAAACUUAGUAUUCUCAACUCAGGCCGAGUUCUAUAUUUUAGUCUUUCAAACGUUUAUGCAAUUAUUAGAAUCAUUUUCUAUCAUUAAAACGUUUAUUUUGAUCAAAUCAAGGAUUAGUCUCUUUUCCGUUUUACUCGUUUGCCUAAUGUCGUCGAAGUGUUAGCAGAAUGAAAUUUGGAAAGGUUAUUGAAGGAGAACUAGUAGAAGAAUGGGCAUCUACUUAUUUUGAUUACAAGAAAGGAAAAAAAAUAAUAGGUGCAAUCCAAAAGAAUCCUGGUGAAGGAUUGCCAAAACAGUCGAGUGAAGCAUCUUUCCUUUCGUCUGCAAACAAUACCAGCUACUAUGAAAAAGCAAUUCAAAGGCUUGCGGUUGAUUUUCGAUUUCAUCCCAUUUUUCAAGAAUUUCUUGACCAACAAUUAGCGAAAAUCCAAAGCUUUUAUGAGAAGCUCACCAAUGAAGCUGGAGAACGUCUAGACAUGAUUUACGAUCAAAUACAUAUUUACGAAAAGCUGAAAGAGGACAAGAAAGAGAAAGAAGAUGUUACACAUACAAUAAAGCCAAAAUACCCUAUGAGGGUUCGACACUACUUUAAAUCUCUUUCAACUAAUUUUCAACCAGUCUUUCGUAUUCCAGCCCGAAAGGGAAUACCAACAGAUGCUUAUACUCCUGACGUUAGUUACCGUAAAUUAAAGUCGAAACUAAAAAUGGUGAUGCUAGAAUUCUAUGAUUAUUUAAAGCUAAUUUUACAAUAUCAAAGCUUGAAUGAGCAAGCCUUUAGGAAGAUUGUUAAAAAGUAUGAUAAGAUUUUUCAUACAAAUUUACAAACAAGAUGGAUGAAAUAUCUAUCCAAUUUUUCUUUUACGAAUACUGUUACUACGGACCAAUGGCAAACGAGAAUUGAAGAUACGUUUGCCGAUGUUUUUACAAAGGGAGACAGAAAACUUGCUCUUGAGCAGUUACGUUCUUUACGUCAGAAACAGGAUUACUCAUUUAAUACCAUGCGGUUUGGGCUUCUGUAUGGGGCAGGAAUCCCUCUUGCCCUUGAAGGAAUUUGUUAUUAUAACGGUGAUGAACAACAUAGAUAUCUUCUUCAAAUUUGGGGUGGCUUUUUAUUACUUAUUUUGGUAUUUGUUUUGUUUUCAUUAAAUUGUUAUUAUUGGGAAAAAACUAGAGUGAACUAUAUUCUAAUCUUCGAAUUCAAUCAAAGAGAAACCUUGAAUUGGAGACAGCAUAUGGAGAUUUAUUCACUUAUGUUCUUUAUCUUUUCACUCUUCUUUUGGCUUUGCAUGCGAGAUUUUUUCCCGGGGUUUACCAAUUUUUUUCCAGCUCUGUUUUUGGGAGUGGCAGGCGUAAUUUGCAUAUUUCCUCGAUUUUUCCCAUAUUGGCGAACAAGAAAGUAUUUCAUAUUUCAACUUAUCCGGGUCUUUCUUUCUGGACUUUCUUCAGUUCAUUUUCAGGAUUUCUUCUUCGCUGAUCAGAUGGUAAGCUUAAUUUAUGUUGCAGGAAAUGUUGCUCUUUUUUUCUGUAUAUACAGUAGGCACUGGAAUCAACCUCAUCUCUGCAACUCGUCGAAUUCUCCUCUUCUUGGGUUUUUUACGGCGUUUCCAGCAAUAUUACGUAUUUUUCAGUGUUUUCGAAGAUUUGCCGACUCUUUGCAAAUGUUUCCACAUUUAGUUAAUGCUUUGAAGUACAUGUUUACCGUCACUACACAAAUGCUAUUAAGUUUAUAUAGACGAAAAGUUGGUUUAAGAUAUCGUAUUUGUUAUACGAUCUUUGCUGGAAUUAACGCUCUCUUUUCAUACACAUGGGAUAUAACCAUGGAUUGGUCUUUAUUUAUACGCAAAGACAGCCACUGGGAGUUUCGUAAACACCGUUUACUGAGAAGUACAUGGCCUUACAUAUUGGCAAUGAUAUUCAACUUUGUGAUUCGAAUAUCAUUUAUAUUUUACUCUAUCUUUCCUAACCAUAUUCAGCACUCUUCAGGGAUAAGUUUCUUCAUUACACUUUCCGAACUUUUCCGCAGAUGCCUGUGGAAUGUUUUACGAGUAGAGAACGAAGAAAUUUACAAUAGGGAAAAUUUACGUGCAGCUCGAGAAUUAAAGAUCAAUUUUGUUAGAUCACCUGCGGAUAGAUUUCCGCAACCCAUGUUUCAAAAGGAUACACGGGCUAGUGACGAUGACGAUUCCGGAGAUGAGCCAGCCGGUGCACACACUAAUAUGAAUAUGUCUUAUGAUCCGCGCUCAGAAAUGAGACUUGAGGAAUAAUUACAUCUAUCUUUCUCUUAUAUACCUUUCUAUGUUUACCGGACGAAACGCCGGCCAGUCAUGAUAUUAAUGUACAAGUGGAAAAAUGUAUUAAGGAUUAUUUUGUAAAAGGCUCCAUCCUUGAUUGAAAACAGGAAUUUGGAGAAGUCCUACAGUAAAUGAGAGUCGGAAGGAAAUUUACACUUUCUUCGUUGAAUGGACCGGACCGAAUUGAUUACCCCCAUGACCAAAGAACCCGAUCUGUUCUGCCUUUUCAUACAUAAUCCUUAGGACUAUUAAUUAGAACACCUAGAACUCUUUCUCUUUCUUUGUUGACUACGAUAUUUACAUUGCCACUUUUAACCUAACUAACUAUUCUUGUUAAUGAGUUACUGUUUACUUACAUGUUUCCUUAUGUUUCCUUAAAAAUUAUUUACCGCAAUGCAGCG